AUUAUUUACUCAAAUAUAGAAUAAUUUAACUCACAUCAGGUAGGCAGUCAUGUUGUUAGUGACAACAGCACACAUAACUUUAUUGUUUCACCUCACCAAUCACUUUUUGUACUUCCACUGUCUCAUACUCCAAACCCAUCCCCUCUCUCUCAAUCCCUUUAUAAACCUCCCUUCUCCCCCACCACACAACAAUUAAUUUCCUUCCACUCAAUAUUCCCAAACCCCAACUGUAUAUUCAAAUCUUCUCUCUUCUCUCAAAACAUCUUAAUUAGUCAACUCAACAAAUUUAACUCUAUGGAAAUGGACAUGGAUACAAUCCAUGACCUCGACUUCUCCGGACACAGCACCCUCACCAAUACCCCUACUUCCGACGAAGACUACGGUUGUAACUGGAACCACUGGUCUCCUAUCGUCAACUGGGACACCUUCACGGGUACCCAGGACGACUUUCACCAUCUCAUGGAUUCCAUCAUAGACGACAGAACCACCGUCGUCGAACAGCUCAGCCCCUCCACCACCACCGCCACUACAACAACAACAACAACAACCACGGAGGAGGAGGAAGAUGAAGAAGAGGAAACAGAAAUAAAAACAGAAAAAACAGCAGCACAAGCAGCGGGAGAUGAUUUAAAAGGGCUAAGGCUAGUCCACCUAUUGAUGGCUGGCGCGGAAGCUUUAACCGGCUCGACCAAAAGCCGCGACUUGGCUCGAGUGAUAUUGGUUCGGCUCAAGGAGUUGGUGUCCCAACAAGCCCACGGCUCCAACAUGGAGAGACUCGCCGCUUAUUUCACAGAAGCGCUUCAAGGGUUACUAGAAGGCGCUGGGGGUGCGCACAAUAACAACCACCAUCACCCCCAAGGUGGACCCCACGACAACCAAAACGACACACUCGCUGCUUUCCAACUACUUCAAGACAUGUCUCCUUACGUCAAAUUCGGCCACUUCACCGCCAAUCAGGCCAUCCUCGAGGCCGUGGCCCACGAACGACGAGUCCACGUCAUCGACUACGAUAUCAUGGAAGGGGUCCAAUGGGCCUCAUUAAUCCAGGCCCUAGCUUCCAACAAAAACGGCCCACAUCUCCGAAUCACCGCAUUAUCAAGAACCGGAACAGGACGCCGAUCAAUCGCCACCGUUCAAGAAACCGGCCGUCGAUUAACCUCCUUCGCCGCUUCCCUUGGCCAACCGUUUUCAUUUCACCACUGUAGACUAGACUCCGAUGAAACGUUUCGUCCUUCUUCACUGAAGUUAGUUAGAGGAGAGGCUUUGGUUUUUAAUUGCAUGCUUAAUUUGCCUCACCUUAGUUACCGUGCACCCGAUUCGGUUGCUUCGUUUUUGAAUGGAGCAAAAGCGUUGAAACCGAGGCUUGUGACGUUGGUGGAGGAAGAAGUUGGAUCGGUUGUUGGAGGAUUCGUGGAACGGUUCAUGGACUCGCUUCAUCAUUACUCUGCGGUGUUUGAUUCGUUGGAGGCUGGGUUUCCAAUGCAGAAUCGGGCCAGGGCUUUAGUGGAGCGAGUGUUUUUUGGGCCUCGGAUUGCGGGCUCAUUGGCCCGGAUAUAUCGAACGGGUGGAGAGGAGGAGAGAAGGUCGUGGGGGGAAUGGUUAGGUGCGGCAGGGUUUAGGGGAGUUCCCGUAAGCUUUGCGAAUCAUUGCCAAGCGAAGCUGUUGUUGGGUCUAUUCAAUGACGGGUAUAGGGUGGAAGAGGUGGGUGUAGGUAGUAAUAAGUUGGUGUUGGAUUGGAAAUCAAGGCGUUUGCUAUCUGCCUCCGUUUGGACUUGUUCUUCGGAAUCAGAUUUAUAGGUUGCAAUGUGACUUUCUAAUUGCUUUAAUUAACUGACAUGACCCUCCAUAAACGGAAACAAUUGCAGUAUGAACUCUUGUUAAUUUCCACUUCUGGUUGUUUUCAUUUAUGGAUCUUAAUUCUGUUGACUGAUGUUUGAUUGUGUGUUUGCGCCACGGUUUGUAAAAACAUAGAUCAAGUUGAUUUUAUAAAAUUAAUUCAUUUUAGUUUAA